UGCUGCAAGGUCCUUUGUCCGCCCUGUCCCCCCUCGUCCAGGAUGGUACGCUCCAGUGGCAGCCAUCUUGGGCGAGAGAAAAACAUCAACAAAACUGGGGCUGCGGAAAAAUGGAAUCUCUAGAGCGAGAUCUUCACUGCCCAGUCUGUUUAGACGUCUACACCAAGCCUGUAUUGAUGUUACCUUGCCAGCACAACCUCUGCAGGCAGUGUGUGCAGAAUAUAGUCUACACACAGGAUGAGGAUGACGAGGGAUACCGAGGUGGACCAGGGCGUCCCUCGGCCUUCCCUUGCCCCCAGUGCCGUCAGUGCACAUAUCUCGGCCGACGGGGAAUCGAUGGGCUGAAGCGUAAUAUCCUGGUGGAAAACAUCGUGGAUAGUUACAGAGAAGUCGCAGCCCAGAUCAAGAAGAAGGUAGUGUGCGCGGAGCACGAGGACGAGAGGCCGAGUUUGUAUUGUUCUUCUCACGAGAAGGCGAUCUGCGCGCUCUGCAAGUUGGUGGGGGAACACAAAGAAUGCGAGGUGCAGGAGCUGAAAAAUGUCCUGGCCGAGAAAAAGGGCAUGCUGCAGGGCAAGAUGCAGCUGCUAGAGGACCGCAGCAACUUGCUGGACAGGUUCAUACAGGAGAACAAGACUCUGUCCAAGUCUGUGGAGGACAAGUGUUCCCAGCACAAGGACAUGGUUCGGCGGGAGACGCUGGCCCUGUUCUCCAUCAUCUCCAAGCGCCAGUCCACCCUGUACGACAAGCUGGAGGUGGAGAAGGAAGAGAAGCUGGCGUCGCUCAGCGGACAGGUGACCAGGUGUGAGGAGGAGAAGGGCCGCGUGGCCGCGCUGGUGCGGGAUGCUGAGGUGCUGAUGAAGGAGGAGGAGCCCACACGCUUUGUGGAGGCUGCAAAUGAAAUGGCGGAAAGGCUAACAUUGGGUGCGGAGAGUGAGGAGCUGACCCCCUGCGUGGAUGAGGAGUUUGAACACUGCCUGGUGGACUUUAAGGAGGCACAGGACAUGCUGAAGAAACUGGACUUUGUGGAGGGUGCCUCUGGUCGCACCUCCCCUGACCGCCAGCCCUGCCCAGGUCCCAACUGCUCUGCCUACGGAGACUCUGUGUACAACAACCUGUGCUCCAAGUGCUACAGAGUCCUCACGGCUGCCAACUCGGGGACCCAAACAGACCAGGAUGGCAAGAAGAACACGCAAACACAGGAUGCCCCUGGACAGCCCAGCUCUGCUGCCCAGCAGACAACCUCCCAAACCUGCCCCACCUCUCCAGACAGGCAGUCCCAGUGGUCCUACAACUCCCAGUCGCCAGGGGGCUCUCCUGCAAGGGGCCGGGGCCGCAGGAACAGUGGCGGCAGGGGACCCAGUCUCUACUACUGUAACUGUCCCCAGUGUGCAGGUGUUCAGUUCCAACUGGACUGGAUGUCGGCCCCACAAUGUCUGCGUUUGUCCAACUACAACACCACCAUCACACACAUGCCCAACCGCGGCCACCAGCCCUUUGGCCCCCACCACGUGCUGGCCGACAUCUCCGUCAACAGCGGCCGCAUCUACUGGGAGGUGUUUGUGGGGAACAGCCGGGGGUUCCGCGUCGGGGUAACGUACGAUCGCGAUUACCCGGCCAGGGAGUUCCUUGGGGGAAACAACUACUCCUGGGCCCUGAGGUACGACUACAUGUGUACCUUAGACGGGGUGAUCCGCUUCCAAGCCAUUCACGAUUGCCGCGAGGUUGUUGUCGAGGUCGACACACUCCCACGCUCCCUCGGUGUCCUGCUCGACUACGAUAGGGGCCGUCUGUCAUGCUAUAACGUUGGGCGUGGCCACAUUUUCACGUUCUUCUGCAGCUUCCGGGAGCCGAUCGUUCCCGCGUUCGACGUGUGGAAGGGCUCGAUCAACAUCCGCACGGGUCUUCCUCCCAACUCCCUGUAGGAAGUCACCGUUUCUCAAGACUCGCUCUGUUUGACCUCCCUUCUGAAGGAGUCAAGUGUUUUAAGAAAUUGUAACAAAGAUACACUUUAGUACGCACAACAUUAUACACAGAUCAAGAACACCGUACUCUUGCUUGCAACAGACAUGGCGAAAGCAUCUGAGAUGAAAACUUUAAGGUGCUUUCAGUAUCAGGCCUUCAUGUUUUGGAGAUGACUAUGAGGGGUGAUCAAGUUCUCGGCCUCACCCAGAAACAAUAAUCACAACUCAAAUCUCGAAGCAUAGAUGUCGAAUAUAAAGUCUUUUAUGAAUAUGAAAUUCAUAUUAUUGUGAUUAUUACUUUCCACGCGACACCCAGUAAUAGUAGGUAGGAAAGAAGGAAAAAACAUGGACAAUUGAGCUGCAACCUGAGUCAACUUGCUCUGCUUGAAAGUCAGACACCCACUACUUGAAAUAGGAAGGGAAUGCUUAUCAAACAUGGUGAACUUGACCCACACGUACUUGAUCAAAAAGACGUUGCCCAGAAAGUAAUGACUGCAAUGAUUUGAAAUUUGGAGGGCAUUGAUGAAAAGCUACAUACCACGAAGCUGUGCCUCAAAAUUUGAGUUGUGCUCAUUAUUUCUGGGUGAGGCUGAAAACUUAUUGAUCACCCCUGUACACAGGUUGAACGACAGAUCAGGAAAGAGCAGGGUAGCUUUUCAUUUCAUGUGAAUGUUUCAAGGUUUUCAGAAGUUUGGUCAAACUCAGCAAGUCUUGUAAAGGUGUUGUAUUGUGUCAGGUACAGUCCUAUAGUAGGCACAGUAGUUAGUUUGCAUAUUGUGGUUACUAUGCAAAAUGUAUUUGGUGUGCUGUUAUAACUAGCUAGUGUGCCAGUAUUAAAAAAAACAGUUUAUGUGUACUCAGGAAUAUACUCAAGUAUAUAGACUAUUACUGGUUUGUGCACACAAGUUGUCAUAUCUAUAUGGUUAAUAAUUUGUUGUCACUACAGUUUGGUGCAUUUUGAUUUGUGUCAAAAGUUGCUCUAUAUCAUAUCCACCAUCCAAAGGAAUUUAACGGUAUUUAGUGGUGCUAUGAAAUCCUUUUUUUGCGUGUUUAUAGUUGCAUUAUUUUAUAUGAAAUAUAGUGGUAUUUAUGGAGGAUUUUUACAAAUUUAAUGAGAAUAUCGCAUUCAUGGCUUUCCAGUAGAGUAAAUGUGUGCUACAUGAAGCGUUAACCCAACUGUUAACAACACUAACCAAACAUUUGAUAACUAACGAGGCAUUGGUUACCAAAUAUCCUCUAGGGAGCUAAGAGAAGUGUCUAGUUUGCCUUGAUGAUACAUAAAUGUGAUAUGUACCUUGAUGUUUGACAUGAGAUUAUCAAGAUUAACCCUUUUACACACCUUUAUAGUAUCUUUAGAUACCUAUCUUACUAUUGCUACUACUACUACUACUGCUACAAGUUCUACUAUCUAACGUGUAGUCAUGCAUAUCGUUGUGGCUGGGGCAUCUUGUACUGUGAAUUAGAUAAUAACUUAGUUACAUACACACACACAUAUAUAUAUAAUAUAUUAUCCUUACAAAGCAGUAUUUGAAUUCAAUACUUGUACUGUAGAGUACCAACAACAACAGCUUGGGGCUAUACCAUCGCAUUUAAACAAGAACACAUAAUGUGUUGUAUAAAAAGCACAUAUAGUGCAUGGAUAACACAUGUAGUAUAUCACAAACUCUACUUUACUCUACCCAAGGAUAGACUUUAACAUGUUGUUGUUAGAGUACUAAUCAAAUCACUACUGUACACUGUCUUAUACCGUCUUGUUUGGCAAAUAUAAAGUGACAGUAGUGUAGCGGGUAGUCGGUGUUUGCUAUCCAAGCUAUUUAUAACUUGUAUGUAAGUUUGGCAAGUGUGUAACUUUUAAUAUAACGCCACAAGGAUCCUAGCUGGCAUGUACCCUUUGGUCCUGCCUUGUAACGGUGGGUGGCAGGACAGAUCCUUGCUUUGUCGCUGUCAGAAAGAUCUAGUCACCACUUAGAAUGUUCUAGCUUUCAUGCACUUCACAAUCCUGUCUUUGGACCUGCUUGUGAUUUUUGUGAUUAAGACAUGGGGACAGAUCAGUCCUGACAGAUUCACACAUACAUAAGGGAUCAAACACUGGAUAAGGCUGGGUUGAUGUCUCCUGCUUACUGUGGAGCUCAGUUUCGUGAACGUUGAAGUAAGCAGCUGCUCACCAAAUAGCAAUUACUCAAGCUAAUGGGUAUGAUUUUGGAAUGACUUUUUCCAAAAUCAUAUCCAGUUCCUUAAGUAACUGUUAUUUGUCGUAUCUUACUACCUGGAUGUCUGACCUUCAUUGAUGUAAGCAGCUGCUCCACUCAGGCCUUACACAAAGAUGGAUGCCAAGUGUUACCACUCUUUGGUGACAAACAUAAUAAAGUUGCAAUAUCGGUCCAAAAUUUUACAAAAUCAGCACAGUAUUAAGCUUGUACCAAGUGCAUCUUUGUUUAGACCCUGAUGUGAUGGAAGAUCUUUAAUGGUACAUUGCAAGGAUCUGUUCUACCAUCUGCUCUUAACACAGCUACCAGUUGUGCCCACCCAACUCUAAACAAAGCAAUUCAAGGCCUCAACCACACUGAACAGCAAAAUAUUCACAUGUUCUCGGUGGCUUUUGCCAAAAUAUGAUGCUUCCAAGGAGCUAGGACAGCUGUUUUAUACUGUGUCCAAAACAGAUACUGUAAGAUUGCAGCUACACUGCAUUCAUGUUCCACAAGGACCCUUUCCUUUUGAAAUGGACCAGUCCACAAACAGCAGUUGCAUUCAAAGGCUGGGAGGAAUUGAAGCAUCUUUUAAAAAGAUCGGAUCAUCAAACCAACUACCUUGGGAAUGAAAGCUUUUGAAUUUUAAGUUUGCUUUUGUUUUGUUUUACGAGGACAUAUUUCGUCAUCAAUUUUUAUAUUUUGACUCGGAAGUUUACAUCCUUAUGAUUUGAGAAAACCUUGUCGACACACCAUUUCAAAAGAAGGGUCCUAGGGCUGGGAACAAUGGACAAUGUCCAAAGAAAGCUUGCGACAACUUGCUGCUUUUCCACAUAUUAUAGUGCAAUAUUUGACUAAGACAAUUAUACCUCUGGCUAUCAUACUUAUUAUUCCAUAUAUGGAAACAUUGAUGUUUGUUGUUGAUAAAGCUUUUGAUAUGGUAUCUCCAAAAAGGGAAGCUUUCUGACCAAUGCUCUGAUAUUUGUAUCAGUAAUGUUGCAUGUUGACAUGAAUGUUCUGGGCAAUUACUGCAUCUAUACUAGUACUGAACCUUUAAAAUCUGAUGUCUGUUAUCCCAGAUACUAGUAGUUAUUGCAAUGGUUUGCAAAAUAUGUUCCAGGCAGCUAAGCCAAAUUUAAGAGCACAAUCCAUACAACAGCAAACAGACAGGCUUUAAAAACAACUGAAAACCACAACAAUAAAAGAGUGGUAUAAAAAGUCUGGUCAGGAUGACUUUUUUGCACAAAACAGUGUUAAUAUGCUGAAAUCACUAUUAGCUAAAACACAUUCUUUUUUUGUCCCCCAAAGACAACUUACAGACCAUUAUUUUUUUGCUGUUGAAGGCCAAAGACUUGUUUUCUGUUGUAUGGCUUGUGUUCUUUUGUAAUGCUGUUGUCACUUUACUUUUUUUACUUGGACCAUGCCACUGAUUAGUGGAUUUCUGUGUAAAACAGAUAUCUACAUGUAUUUAGUCUGGAUAAGAAAAGCUGUAUGUCUACAUCUUGUUUUAAAAGUAGGGGUUGACUUACAAUACACCUUUUUUGGUCUGACACAUGGUCUGACUCAGCCAUAAACUAAAGACAUGGGGGCAAAUUUGUUCUGAACUCUACAGUGUUUGUUGUGUGAGCAUCCUAUGACCAUAUCCUCACCAAAAUAUUCUUGGACACUCUCACGCACGACGAAGGAAGCUACAUAACCACGAAUACAUGUGAACAAAGGUCCGAGCCACCACGUCUGUUACUACUCACAUGAAAUAGUACUCACCAGUAGCUUUUCUAUCCAAAAUUGAAGACAGUACAACAAUAAGCAUGUGGCCCAAGGAUGAGAUUUCAGGGUACAUUUUUUCCUGCUUGAAGCAUUACAAACUGCCACAUCAAUGCAGUAGACUCAGGGUCAACCACAUUAUUGUGCAUGGUUAUAAUAUCAUCUGCUGCCUAUUUAGAUCAAUGUAUGUGUAGAGACUGUUUAACAAAUGUGUAUUCUGACAGCAAAUACUACUAGGUGUUGCACAAUGAUAGUAUUACAUGUAAUUGUAAUGUGUGUCUAAUCCUGACCCCACAAUAUUCUAACUUUCACUAGGUUUUAUAUGCCACCUAGGAAAGUAUGCACUCAUUGGCUUGAAAGAGUUCUGAAGGAAAAUUACACAUUAUAGGUUUUUAAAAAAAAUGCUUAGAAGCAAUCUGUUGCAAAGUUUGUGGUGAAGAAAUGGUUAUAUGCAGUUUCCUGGCAUGUAUCAAGGAAAAGCUAGAAAACACAAAUGCUUGAGCUGUACACCAUGUUAAUUGACAUUUUGAAGUUCAAAAUAACCAGUAUUUUAUCAGAUUUUUUAGCUUUCCUUGAUCUGACCUGGCAAAGCUACAUUGUACUUAUUCUUCCUGUGAGCACAAAUUUGCAAUGAAGACAAGUGAAGGAAAAAUGUUUAAAAUGAUGUGCCGUUCACUGUUAGCUUCUUGUGGGGUUGUGGUUUUUAGAUACACAAAAGAAGCGAAUGUGGUAGAUACUGUCAUGGUACAGUUAGUGCAGAAGGACACACUGUUCUUAUGGAGUUGUAUUGACUAUUGUGAACGGGCUGUUGGAUGUUUUAUACCCGUUUGUGUGUUCACCGUUUACUCACAUUUUCUAAUGGCUGCUAGUAGGUCAGUGAUUGAUUGCUUGGCAAUACAAAGUAGAAAUAGAUAAUAUAUAUCUAUAUAUCUAUAUAUGUAAUACUACAAGAGUUGCACAAGUAUGUUAGAUAACACAGUCAUGCAGAGUUUAUUCCAAACUUAUACUUGGAGUGGACCUUCUUAUAUCAAAGUGUAUGACUUAGUGGAGGUUUGUAUCUGUAGACCGUUCCGUUUGUUUGCCUUAAUCAGAGCAUGGUGAGCACAGUGCACGUCUGUGUGCCUGUAGGAGUUACCGUUCUAGUCUUACUAUGUGCCAAUAUCUAACGUGAUUUGAGCCAGGUGCUACUGUUGUGACAUAUACAAGAUGAGGGGCCAUUUGUACUACUCAGUAAUUAAUACAAGAAAUUGCUUUACAGCAGA